AUGAUUCUUUCAGUCCUGGUGCUAGUCACCAUAAUUUCUCAAGUAUUCUCUUUUGUCAUUUUACCAUCCAAGGUACUCGUUUCGACGCGUUUGGAUCCCGUCGUGCAACCAGGUGUCGCGUCCAGUCACCUCCAUAACGUUGUGGGUGGUAACAAUUUCAAUGCGACGUACGAUCCCGACUUUCUACUUGCCUCGACAUGUACUACAUCACCUAUAACGGCGGACAAGUCGAAUUAUUGGGCGCCGGCGAUUUAUUUCAUCAAUCACUCCACGACGCCGGUAACAUUUAGCAGGAUACCUAGUUCGUUUAACAUUUACUAUCUCCCUCGUGGCACGACGAACGAAAGUGGAAAUGGUGUAGGAGACGUAAAGGCAUUUCCGCCGGGAUUCAAGAUGGUUGCGGGCGACAAUGGACGAAAUACGUACAACGCUUCGUCUUUUGAGAACCAAGCUAUCAGUUGGGUCUGCUUAGAUUAUAACAACCCCGCUGUAAACGGAAAGGAGACACCAGGUUUUCCGACCACGAGUUGUCCAGAUGGCAUUCGCGGCCAAAUAUUCUUUCCUUCGUGCUGGGAUGGCGUCAAUUUGGAUUCGCCAAAUCACAAGGACCAUGUCUCGUACCCUGUGCAGAACUAUAACAGUGGCGAUUGCCCUUCAUCCCACCCAGUUAAACUCGUAUCGCUCUUCUACGAGCAAAUAUUCAGUACUGGAGGAGUACCGUUGAAUAGCGACGGACUGACAUGGAUACUCGCCAAUGGAGAUACGACCGGCUAUUCCAUGCACGCCGACUUUCAAAAUGGGUGGUCGUCCUCUGUCCUCCAGUCCGUCAUAGACGAAUGCCACGCUGAGAACAGCGGAAAUGGUAAUAUGCGUGAUUGUCGACCACUAAAGCCUUAUAUUGAUGAAGAAGCACGCGAAGCAUGUCAGCUCAAUGCAUCCAUCCCAAUUCCAGACGAGGAUGUUGGGCUCUUUGCUAAUCUUCCUCGACUCCUGGGCAAUAACCCCGUGUGGGUGGCAGGCCAGACAAAGCCACUCAAUAACUCCUAUGUAGAUACUACUGGGUGGGGACGCGUCGGGAGCUUGAGCGAAGGUGUAGGAAGCCGGGGCACACAGCCUGUCAACAUUAGCAGUAUUUCAGGUGUUCAGCUGCAUGACGACGACACGAAUGCCAGUGGUUGGGAAGUUCGAGGAUGUAUUCAGGAAAGUAAACAUGGCCGUGCACUGCUCGGUGCCGCUAUGACGGAAGAGUCACAGAUGAACCUGCGCAAAUGUGCGGUUCUAUGUGCAAACCGCGGUUACUCCAUUGCUGGCGUAGAGUUUGGUCACGAAUGCUAUUGCGACGAUGCAUUGCGCAAUGGCGUCCGUAUGGAACUCAUCAAUAACGUUACAUGUGGAAUUCCUUGUCCUGGCAAUCCUUACGAGAAUUGCGGCGGAAGGCAGGCCCUUACAAUUCUUGCGAAAGAGGGCGUCACCAUCCGUACUACGGGGGAACCUUAA